AUGAGCUUGGAGUACCAUUAUACCAAUCUUGCCGUAUAUGAACUGGCAAUCGGAGAAGGCUACCGAGAUCCUGAUGCGAUUAAACAGGAAUAUUACACACUUCCAAGGCCGGAAGGUGACCGCCGGAACCAACGCGCCAGUAACCCUCUGAGCGCCAUCCGCGUAGAUAUAACGAUCAAGUGGAUGCAUACAGCUCACGAGAUGCUCAAUUUCUUCCUCAGUUGCGACAAUGAACUCAUGCGAAAGCUUCCGAACUUGGCGUACACACGUGUGGGUGUGGCGUUGAUGUCUCUUUUGAAGAUAUACUUCACUGUAAUCUCAGGUGGUUUGGGAAAAUUUGUGACGCCGGAGUCCGUCAAGGUUGAGAUGUACCUGGACGCAAUCGCAAGGAGACUCACCGAGGCAAGCGGUGGCCAGAAGUACAAGAUCCCCAGCCGAUGGUACUAUGUUCUGGCCGUCAAAUCUCGAAACUGGUAUGAUCGGUUGCAGCAGCGUCAAGCCCAGCGGGAAAGUAGCUUUGCAUCUCAAAUGGAGGUGGGCCAAUCGAUUCAGAUGCAAGUGCCAGCCCAUACUCUUCAGCACCCCUGUCCGGUGAACCCAAACUGUUCUACAGAGCCACUCGUUGGUGAUGCAGGCAUUCCACAACGUCCUCCGUAUUCCAACAUGGGUGGUGCCUAUGGAGCUCCAGUGGCCAUGAACCAUAUGUGGCAUGUCGACCAAAGUCAUGCGCCCACAUCUCUCAGCUACCAGUAUCCGGAAUAUCAGCCGCCCAUUCUGCAAUCUCAGUAUGGGUACGUGGCACAGCAUCCAAGCUUACCUUCGGAAAGCAACCAAGAUCAACCGCCAUUACAUCGUAGCACGGGGAUGGAAUUGGACGGCUGGCUUCCAGAUGGGAGUAUAAUUGGCGCACCCACUUUACCUGGCCUUUGA